CUUCGUUAAUUCACAAAUCUACGUUGUGAUCUUUGAAUUCGGCGCUUGAAUCCUGUCCGUCUGGACUUGUUUGAUUCUUCUCUGUUAGGUUUUUUCUUGCGAUGAUGCAGAAUUCAGUGAACCAGCCGCACGAGUCAGAUCAAGGAAACAGUAAUAUUAGCAGUAUGGGAGAUUCUGCUGCGAUAACAAUAGAGUUCCUUCGUGCAAGAUUGCUGACUGAAAGAUCUGUCUCCAAAGCAGCAAAGCAGAGAUCUGAUGAGCUGGCCAAAAGGGUACUGGAGUUGGAGGAACAACUAAAACUUGUUUCCUUGCAAAGAAAGAAGGCGGAAAAGGCUGCCAAUAAUGUCCUUUCUAUUCUGGAAAGCCGUGGAGUUUCCGAGUUUUUAGAAGAAUUUGAUUCAGGAUCUGAGCUAGAUGAAACCUUGUCUAAAUCGAAAACAAAUAAUAAUUUGUCUAAAGAAGAGGAAAGUUCUGUCUGUUCGAAGACAUUGCAUGAUGAUUCUGAUGGUUCUGAAAAUGUAGCUUCUCCUCUAUCAGGUAGAAGCUUGUCUUGGAAAAGUGGCAGGGCUUCUUCAUCUUCUCGUGAAAAGUCGAUCGAUUCAUCUACUAGGAAACAGGGGACAAGUAAUUACAGAACUUUUGUGCCUUCGUCAUCUAGACGCCGAGCGGGUAAAUCUUGCAGACAGAUACAACGCAAAGAGAUAAGAUCAGCAGUUGAUGAUUCGCAAAUCAACGGGAAUAUGCCUUGUCUUGAAGGAGAUAGAGCUGCUAAUAGUUUAGAGGUCUUUCCUUUGAACGGUGAGAUUGAAUCUGAUAACUAUAGGGAAGAACUUGAAAACCAGGACUUGCAAGUUUCACCUGGGAUCUUGCAAGGUCAAAAAAAUGCACAUGAAGGCAGCUAUCAGAAUGGACAUGAAAGUAGCAAAGGCAUGGAAAAAGCUCUAAAGUAUCAAGCACAAUUCAUAGGGCAGUAUGAAAAUGAAGAAAAAGCUCAAAGAGAGUGGGAAGAGAAGUUUAGAGAGAACGAAAACAAUAUCACGAAUUCUGGCGAAACUGGAUUUCAUUCUGAUGUUUCUGAGGAAAAGGACGAGACAAAGGAAAACAACACGUCUAAAAUUCAAGAAGCGAAUUCACAAGUUGAAAACAGUUGCUUGGCGAGUGAACUAACCCCAGGACAGUCGAACUGUUUGCACCCGGUUCUGACUGUGAAUAUAGAAAUGAAAGAAUCUGGAAAGAGCCAAAAUGUUGUUAUUCCCGAUAAAUCUCUAGUUUCAGAGUUCAGCGGAAGGCAAGACAACCAAAACAACAAAUAUCUGAACAGUUCAUCCGAUACAUCUAAACCUGCAUUUCCCUCCGGUUUGCCUGAACCUCAUGCGAUUGUGCCACACGCAACCACUAGCGAAUUGGGAUCCGUUCUAGGGGCGCUUAAUCAAGCAAAAUUAUCACUUCAACACAAAUUCAACGCGCUCUCUCCUUCCAAUCAGAUGAAUUUAAGAAGGAGACCUUUCGAAACCAGAUCACAGAUUCCCACAGUGGGAGGGCUUUUCAGAGUUCCGUCUGAGCUUGAAUAUGGAAUGAGAACUAACGCCAUCAGUUUAGAUUCUCGACCUAGAUUGACUAACUACCAUCACGAUACUGCUGGUUACGAUCCAUUUGUAUAUCGAAAGCUCAAUUUAAAUGCUUCUACAGGCGGUUAUAGUUAUCCCAUGGCUGCUGAAAAUAGAUCAAAUGUUGAAACUACUGAAUUUACUAGGCCAUUAGCCAGAAUUUCUCCCAACAACGAGAUGCAAUACCAGUUGUUUCACUCUAAUAAUAAUAAUAAUACAAUGGCUGGUGGUGAACGAUUCAGUCAGAGUUCUUCUUCUACCACAGAAAACAACGAUUAUCGAUAUCCUGCAUUUCCAUUGAAUACUUCUUACAUUGGUGGAGUUUCAAGUAUGUAUUAUCCACCAAACAGCCACUAGAAAGUAGAGAGGAAACCGAUUGUCAUCAUUUUCCACAACAUCGGCUGGCUGGCUGCAGUCUAUUUUGAUCAGGUACUUAGUAAAUUUGAAUAGCUGGUAACAAAAUUCACUUUGUAUUUAGAAUAUUUUCAUAAAAUAAAAUAAAAAAAUUUUGGGAUAUUUAAUUCCCCCUCGUCUAUUUAUUAGCUGUUAACUUGUAGAGAAAUAGAGUGUACAAGGGGUCAUUGUAUUAUUAUUUCAACAAUGGUAAGAUUUUAUCAGCUGAGAUUUUUGUUA